AUGAAUUCGCCGGCGGUCCAAAUCUCCCAGCCGACGACCACCAACCCGGCACCUUCCGUACCCACGUCCGCGUCGCCGCCCGCAGUCUACGAUGUCGUACGCUGCUCCCGCUGCCAACAGUCGCUCGCGAUAGAAAACCAAACCAGUCCGGGCGCCGUUCAGUUCGGCAUGAAUUCCUACUACUGCAAUCGGUGCGCGUCCAAAGUCGGGUUCGGCCGGUGA